AUGCACUUCUCCAUGGCCACCCUCGUCCUCGGCCUCGCCGCCUUCGCCUCGGGCCUUCCGCAGGACGCUACCCUCGCGGCCCGCCAGAACCAGAACCGCCCCGUGCCCAGCGGCAGCUGCUGCGUAGCCAACACCAACCUGAAGCAGGACACCUGCACCGCCUCCAACGGCCAGGCCGGCCGCUGCGUCCCCGGCGGGAACAACUGUGGUAGCAGGCUCAGCUGCGUCGCCCAGAGCAGCCUGACUUGUGACAACAGUGUCAUCGAGCGCGGCAAGUCGUUGUGUCGCGCCAAUGCCCCUGGAGGUGGUUUGUUCGAUGGAGCCAACAUCAUCCAGUCCCUGGCUCAGGCGAAGGUCAACUGA